AUGGCGCGACCGAUUGAAUUCGUGAUGGACAUUAACGAUUCUAAAGAUUUGUGGAAGAUUGUUGUUCGUUGUAGACAUCUCUGGACUGUGAGAAGUUCGUCAAACAAAGAACACCUUGAACUAAUUUUGCUUGAUUCUAAGCUGGAUAUGAUACAAGCAAUUGUACCAUCCCAUCUGGUGUCGAAAUAUGUGGGUGAUCUUGCCGUAGGAGCUUCAUAUAUCAUGCAGAACUUUAAAGUCUCAAACAACGAUUUCUCCUUUAAGUCUACUACUCAUGGAUACAAGUUGGUAUUUUGUGGUUCAACUUAUGUUAAGAAAACAGAGCUCCCGGAGAUUCCUAUAGAUUAUUUCAACAUUCUUGGUUUGGCGUCCAUUGUUGAUGGAAAAUUUCAGCCUAAUGUAUUGGUUGACGUAGUUGGAGGAGUUACUGAAAUUCUGCAGACUCAGAUAAACUCAGAUAACAACAAAAGCAAGUUUGUGUUUAUGAUUACUGACAUGAGCAAAAUUGUCGUGCAGUGUACACUAUGGGGUAAUUUUGCAUUGCAAUUUUAUGAAUACUACAAGAACCAUGGGGAAGAUGUGAACAUUGUUGUUCUAUUACAAAACGCAAGGAUAAAGGCUGCGAAAGGAGGUUUUCCUUUAAAUGUAUCCAAUGCUUGGAGUGGCACAAAGCUGAUCAUUAAUGAUAUUAGUAAUGUUGAAAUUAAGAAGCUGAAGGAUAGCCUAAAUGCUGAACUGCCAAAGCUUUCUUCAUCAAGUUUGCAAGUUGAAACAACUCAAACCUCACAGUAUUCCGAUUUUGAUAAAUUUAUAUGGAAGGCCGAAGUCAUUAGUUUGGCUGAGAUCGCGAUGCUUAAACAAGAAACAACAUGUGUCACCAUAGCGAAGUUGGAGAAGUUUGAAGUUGGUAAUUCCGGUUGGUAUUACGAUGGUUGUGCCGAAUGUACCAAGAGCGUCGCUAUAAAAGAUGGCAAACUUAAGUGCUAUGCAAAUCACAUAAGUUCUGAACCCGUGCCAAGGUACAAGCUUGAAGUGUUGGGAGUUGAUGGUAAAUUCAAGUCCCGUUUCGUCUUUUGGGAUAGUGACUGUUUCAAGUUAAUUGGAAAAUCUGCUCUACAGAUGAAAAAUGAAUUAGUGGAGGCCGGUGAAGACAAUCCGUUAGAAUUCCCUUUUGGUCUUGAUGCUAUGUUGAAGAAGGAGUUGGCAAUUAGAGCUGUUUUUCAACCGAAAUUUAAUCGUCUUUCGGUUAUUAGCUUUGAAGACGAUGAAGAUUCACGUAAGAAAGUUAAGGACACCUUCAAGUCUCAUGAGGAUGUAUCGAAAAUUCCAAUUUCAUUGGCUUCCUCACAAGAUGAUAUGAAGAGUUUAUCGGAACCUUUAUCUGUAUUUGCUGAUUUCGACCCCAAUGCUGCGAAUUCUGUGAUGACCCCCUGUAAACGUAUAAAUCCUGAAGCGUCAGAAGAUGUUGAAAGUGUUCAACUUUCCUCUACGAAGACGAUGAAACCUAAAUUACUUGGUUAUGAUAUACUGCUCACAAUGUACAAGAUAUUCUGGGCAAAAUUUAGAGGGAAAUUGCAAGUAAGAAAGAGAUUUUUUUCCCUUUUAGAGGGUUUGUGUGAUUCUUUACUUGUUUACUAUGAAGCAUGGUUGAUUGUUAACUUUGAAGGUGGUGGGAGUGAAGUAAAUGUUUUUGAUGAAGACUUGAGUUCUCCUCCAACAUAUUCAUCCAUAACGAUACUGCAUACUAUUAUAGAUAUUAGAUUAGAGAUAAAAGUUAAUGGAGGCAAGAAGCCUACUAAUACAACUAAUAUGUGUAUUAAGAUUUUGGAGUAUGUAGUGUUUGCUGUGUUUUUCGUUGCUUUGGUUUGUUCUCUUACUUUUAAUAUUGGAUUUGGACACAAAGAUCAGCCUCAAGAUGUUGAACAAAGCUAA